AUGAGGUCAGAAUGUGAUGGAGCUGUUUGUACAGAGUCUCUGCUUUUAUUUCAUUUAGGUGAUCCAGGAAGAGUCGACCCACCAGAGGACUACGAUGAUGCCGUCACUGCUGGACCGAUCCCUGAUCACGUGGAUGAGGAUGAAGCUGAGAAUUAUGAUGACGCCAUUACAGCUGAUCAGAAGUCAGUUAUACUGACAGGUCAGACUUUGAGACUCACUGCUGGUCCUCACCGGUGCUCUGGGAGAGUGGAGGUGUUUCAUGGAGGUUCCUGGUCCACAGUGUGUGAUGCUGACUUUGACCAGCAGGAUGCAGAGGUUGUGUGUCGAGAGCUGGACUGUGGGAUUCCUGUGGAGGUUCUGGGAUCAGCUGCUUUUGGACGAGGGGAGGGUCAGGUGUGGACAGAGGAGCUUCAGUGUAGAGGAACUGAAUCUGACAUUACCUUCUGUCUAACAUCAUCUUCACUCAAACACUCACACUGUUCCCAUGACAACGAUGUGGGAUUAAUAUGUUCUGACAGUGUGAGGUUGGUGAAUGGUGGAAGUCGCUGUUCUGGGAGAGUGGAGGUUCUUCAGGAUGGUCAGUGGGGAACAGUGUGUGGUAUUAACUGGGAUGAGGUCGAUGCUGCAGUGGUGUGUAGAGAGCUGCGCUGUGGGGAGGCUGUAAACGCACCACAAUAUGGUCACUUUGGACCAGGAUCAGGACCAAUCUGGAUGGUUGGUGUGAACUGUAGAGGAUCAGAGUCGACACUGAAGGACUGUGGGUCAUGGGGGAGAGGGGAGAGUUACUGUAAUCAUGGUCAUGAUGCUGGAGUCACCUGCUCAGGUCACAGAAUGCCAAGACUCACUGCUGGUCCUCACCAGUGCUCUGGGAGAGUGGAGGUGUUUCAUGGAGGUUCCUGGUCCACAGUGUGUGAUGCUGACUUUGACCAGCAGGAUGCAGAGGUUGUGUGUCGAGAGCUGGACUGUGGGAUUCCUGUGGAGGUUCUGGGAUCAGCUGCUUUUGGACGAGGGGAGGGUCAGGUGUGGACAGAGGAGCUUCAGUGUAGAGGAACUGAAUCUGACAUUACCUUCUGUCCAACAUCAUCUUCACUCAAACACUCACACUGUUCCCAUGACAACGAUGUGGGAUUAAUAUGUUCUGGUCACACAGAGGCGCGGCUGGUGAACGGACCGGACUCCUGUUCUGGUCGAGUGGAGCUCCAGUACCUCGGUGAGUGGGGCACAGUUUGUGCUGUAGGCUGGGAUAUGAGAGCUGCAGAUGUUCUGUGUGCACAGCUGGAUUGUGGGAGUGCUGUGGCUGUGGUGGAGGUGGACUGGUUUGGGGAGGGGAGUGGCCACAUCUGGGCUGAUGUGUUUGAUUGUCAGGGGAAGGAGACACACCUAUCACGAUGUGGUGUCUCAUCAUGGAGUCGAGCUGCAUGCUCUCAUAAACACGACGCUGGAGUCAUCUGUAAUGGAUCAUCCAUGGUGUUUCAUGAGGGGCGAGUGCGGUUGUCUGGAGGGAGAGAGUGUCAGGGGGAGGUGGAGAUUUAUUUCAGGCAGCACUGGAGGAGAGUUCUCCUGGACUCGUGGAGUCUGUCUGAGGCGUCUGUGCUCUGCAGACAGCUGGGCUGUGGCUCUGUGCUGAACUACCGCUCCUCUCCAUCCACCACUGAACACAAACACAUGUGUGUAACGGGUUUCAGCUGCUCUGGGAGUGAAGCUCAUCUGGGGAACUGCAGCAGGCCACAAGCUGAACCUGUCAACUGCAGCUCUGGGGAACAGCUCUACAUCACCUGCUCAG